AUGCUGUUCCAACACCAACGCCGGGGGGUGGCAGCUCCGAAGAGGGCCCUCGUUGCCACCAUCUCUGCCGUCUCGCUUUUCAUCCUCGCGUUGUUCGCCCUCGCCCAGCUUAGCUCAACUCCGACCGAGGGGAAGUUUGCUGCGAGAUUCAAAAAUGCCGAGCACGCAGACAACCCGUUCCUUUCUAAAUCGAGGGCCACUGCCACCGGCGACAAGUAUCUCAUUGGGGUGGGCAAGGCCGAUAUCACAGGCCCGGUGGUUGAGAUCAACUUCGCUGGCUAUGCCAACACGGAGCAGAUCGGCUCUGGCUUGAGGCAGCGCAUUUACGCCCGUUCCUUCAUUAUCGGUGAAGUCGGCACAAAAAACCGAUUUGUCUACCUCAUUCUCGACGCCAUGUGCGGUGAUACUGCAGUGCGCAAUGGUAUCCUUGAAGGGCUAGCUGCCAUGGGAUCCGGCUACUCCAUGUACGGGCAGUCGAACGUUGCUGUUACCGGCACGCACUCACACAGCGGACCCGGUGGCUGGUUCAACUACCUGUUGCCGCAGAUUACCAGCCUCGGAUUCGACCACCAGGGUUACCAGGCACUUGUUGACGGUGCCCUGCUAUCGAUCAAGAGAGCGCAUGAGUCGCUCCAGGAGGGCUACCUCGACUUUGGCACCACCCGCAUCUCAGAGGCCAACAUCAACCGGAGCCCGUACUCAUAUCUCGCUAACCCCGAGUCUGAGCGCGUGCAGUACACAGACGAUGUCGACAAGACGCUGACCCUGCUGCGGUUUCAGAGAGCUUCCGACAGCAAGAACAUUGGCGUUCUAACCUGGUUUCCUGUUCACCCAACGUCUAUGCUCGGCAACAACACCCACGUUACCGGCGAUAACAAGGGUCUCGCAGCGUACCUUUUUGAGCAGUCGGUCAAGGGGAACGAUCAAGCCGCCGACGGAUUUGUGGCUGGCUUCUCCCAAGCGAAUGUGGGCGACACGACCCCGAACAUCCUGGGCGCUUGGUGCGAAGACGGCUCCGGCCAAGAGUGCGAUUUCCAGACCAGCACUUGCGCCGACGGCAAAUCGCAGUCGUGCCAUGGCAGAGGGCCGUUUUUCCGGAAGCCCGAUCUCGGCGACUCCUUUGACUCCGAGUCAACAGCCGUUGUGGGUUCAAGCGUCAGAUCGUUCCACUACUUUCAAGACAUGCAGUACUACAGCUUUCCCUUGGACAAUGGCACUGUAGUGCAGACGUGCCCAGCUGCUCUUGGAUACUCGUUCGCCGCAGGAACCUCCGAUUGGCCUGGCGCUUUCGACUUCACUCAAGGUGACGAGGGAGCGCCCAACAACCCUCUAUGGCAGGUCGUGUCGGGCCUGCUCCGUGUCCCCAGCGCCGAGCAGAAAAAGUGCCAAGGGCAAAAGCCGAUUCUCCUCGACGUCGGGGAGAUGAGCCUUCCCUACGCGUGGUCUGCCAACAUCGUCGAUGUUCAAUCUUUCCGCGUGGGCCAGUUUAUCAUCGUCGUCUCCCCGUCCGAAGCGAGUACCAUGGCUGGCCGGCGUUGGCGCAACGCCGUCAAGGCUGCCGCGUCGGAGGCAUCCAUCACCGGUGACCACGAGCCCUUCGUCGUCCUUGGCGGCCCGGCCAACUCGUAUGCUCAUUACGUCACCACACCCGAGGAGUACAACGUACAGCGAUACGAAGGUGCGAGCACUCUGUACGGACCAUGGGAGCUACCUGCGUACAUCAACUUGACCCUUCGCGGCCUGCCGUAUCUCGAUUCGGCUUCCUCAGGUAGCCCGCCGCCCGGGCCCACGCCGCCAGACAACCGCGAGAAGAGCCUCAGCUUUAUCACCGGCGUACCUCGUCCGCCCGCGGCUCGGUGCUGGAAGCGCACCAACUUUGUUCUGGGCUACAGCGAAGUGACCAUCACCUGGGAGACGGGCGAUGAGGACGCGGCCGGCACGUACCGGAUCAAGUAUUAUGGCGACUCGAAGCCGCUGGUUGGGAAUAUCAAGGCGUUUACAGGGACGACCGAGACCUUUAAGCUGACAUUUUGCUUCGUCUCCUGGCUUUGGCCGCCUGUUCCCACCCCCUCCCUCCUCCUCCUCUUCCUCCUCUUUCCAUUUCUCAGAGAGCACCACCAGGUCGGCAUCCGCUCCGGCCUCGAGAGAGCCUUUGACACCCGCGACACCGAGCAUGGAUGCGGGCGUGGAGGUCACGGCGCUGAGGGCUUGGGGGAUGGUGGCGCCGGUGUGGGUGAGGAAGUUGGAGAUGCAGUCGAUUAG